CGGCGCCCUUAAGAGCCUCGGUGACACGUGUGUGAGGCGGCGGAGGCCCGGAUGGUGCGUGUGCGGGGCCCGGGCCGAGCAGACGCCAGCGCCGCGGGCCUGCAGCGGAGCCCGCCGAGGGCCGGGGACGCGCCAUGCCCAUCGUGGAGAAGCUGAAGGAGGCCCUGAAGCCGGGCCGCAAGGACUCGGCGGGCGGCGGGGAGCUGGGCAGGCUGCUGGCCGCGUCCGCCAAGAAGGUGCUGCUGCAGAAGGUGGAGUUCGAGCCCGCCAGCCGCGGCUUCUCCUGCCAGCUGGACGCCCUGCGCGGCAAGUACGUGCUGCUCAACCCCCGGCCCGACGGGGCCGGCCACCGCCGGAACGGGGGCGAGCCGCAGGCCCGGAGGCCAGGCAGUGAGCGUGGCUCCGAGGCCGCCGGCGGGGACGGGGUCCCCGCGCCCCAGAGAGUCCUCUUCCCCGUGGAGCGCCUGUCGCUGAAGUGGGAGCGGGUGCACCGCGUGGGCGCUGGCCUGCACAACCUCGGCAACACCUGCUUCCUCAACUCCACCGUGCAGUGCCUCACCUACACCCCGCCGCUCGCCAACUACCUGCUGUCCCGCGAGCACGCGCGCAGCUGUCGCCAGGCGAGCUUCUGCAUGCUGUGCCUCAUGCAGAACCACCUCGUGCAGGCCUUCGCCAACAGCGGCAACGCCAUCAAGCCCAUCGCCUUCAUCCGGGACCUGAAGAAGAUCGCCCGCCACUUCCGCUUCGGGAACCAGGAGGACGCGCACGAGUUCCUGCGCUACACCGUGGACGCCAUGCAGAAGGCCUGCCUCAGCGGCGGGCUCAAGCUGGACCGGCAGACGCAGGCCACCACCCUGGUCCACCAGAUCUUCGGGGGCUACCUCCGGUCUCGGGUCAAGUGCUCCGUGUGCAAGAGUGUGUCGGACACCUACGACCCCUUCCUGGACGUGGCGCUGGAAAUCCGGCAAGCGGCGAACAUCGUGCGUGCGCUGGAGCUCUUUGUGAAGCCGGACAUGCUGAGCAAGGAGAACGCGUACAUGUGCGCCCGGUGCAAGAAGAAGGUCCCGGCCAGCAAGCGCUUCACCAUCCACAGAGCCUCCAACGUGCUGACGCUCUCGCUCAAGCGCUUCGCCGACUCCAGCGGCGGCAAGAUAGCCAAGGACGUGGGCUACCCGGAGUUCCUGAACAUCCGGCCCUACAUGUCCCAGAACAGCGGCGAGCCCGUGGUGUAUGGCCUCUACGCCGUCCUGGUGCACUCGGGCUACAGCUGCCACGCGGGUCACUACUACUGCUACGUGAAGGCGAGCAGCGGGCAGUGGUACCAGAUGAACGACGCUCUGGUCCACGCAAGCAACUUGCAGGCGGUUCUCAACCAGCAGGCCUACGUGCUCUUCUACCUGAGGAUCCCCAGCCCAAAGAAGAGUCCCGAGAGCACCAUCUCCCGGACGGGCUCUGCUCUCUCCGGCCGCCCCAGCCCAGGCGGGGCCGGCACACACGGGAGGCGGCCUUCCAGCCACGGCGUCGCUGCCUCGCCACUGCCUGGCAAGGUAGCUCAGCGCCCGGACCCCGCGGCCGUGAGGAAGCCGUCCCCCACCGAGGAGGUCGGGGUGCCCGUCUCGAGGAACGGCUCUGUGUCGGGCCUGAAGCUACACAACGGACACACGUCCCCGAAGCUGCCCUCAGCGUGCCCCUCCCCCCGGCACUGCGCGACCCCGGCCCGGAAGGCGCCGGGCCCGCCGCACACCUCCCCGCCCCCCAAGACUGCUCAGGGGCCUGCCCGGAGACAGGGCUCCUGGGACAGAGGCUCCCCCCUUGCUACCUCGCCGAAGCUGCUCGCCGCAGGGACCACCAACGGGCACGGGCCCAAGGUGGGCUCCGAGGGGCCCCCGCCCCAGGGGAGGGGCUCCGGCCACAGCAGCCCCGAGCCCUCGGCCAGCAGUGACCCUGCCAAGGCCCUGCCGGCCGCCCCAAGCAGCGGCCCUCCGGGAGCAGACUCCUGCCCGGGCGCCGGAGAAGACCCCAAGGCCGGCAAGCCCAGGGCCCCCCUGAGCACCGCCGCCACCGCGCCCGAGCCCCCCAGCUUCAUGUCGCCCCCGCCGGCCAAGAGACUGGCCCUGUCGGCCAGGAAGGCCAGCACCCUGCGGAGGGCCCCCGGCAAUGACCUCCCGCCGCCCGCCCUCACCCCCGGGACAGCCCCGCGCCCCGCCGCAGCCGCCGGGCCCGGCCCCGCCUGCAGGGCCUUCGCAGAUGCCCCCCGACCCUCCGGCCACCUGAAGCCCCCCCCCAGUCCAGACCCCCACGCCACGUUGCUGUCCUGCGGCCGCCAGCCCCUGGGGGUGCCGCCCCCGCCCAGCUGUGCCUCUGCCUCCAGGCCUCCGCCUCAGGCCAACGGGGGCUCAGCGCCCCCCUCACGCCAGCACCCCCAGGGCCUCUGUAAGAGGAGGAAGAAGAAGGGUCCCCUGGGAGAGAGCGGCGGCCUCUGCCCGGACACGCCGCCCGCGGCCACCUCCCCCCUCGGGAAGAGGCGGAAACGAAAGAGGAAGCGUCUGGAGGCGGCGGCCGCCCGCCCGCAGGAGGGGCCAGGGUCCCGGUGGGGCCACGCGGAGCCGGGGCACGGCCAGCAGCAGCCCGUGGAUGGCUGUCCCGGGGGCGAGCGGCAGGUGGGGGCCGUGCCCGACCAGGGCCACAGCAGGAAGCGGACGAGGACGGACUUGGAGGGCAUGCCCUGGCGCAGCGCCCAGCCCGAAGCUCCCGAGGGCUCCCCGAGGAAGAAGAGGCGGAAGAGACGGAAGCCAGAGCCAGGGUGGGGCGCCGAGCGGGACCCCAGCCCUGACGGCGAGACAGGACCCGCGGCCCCCGCGCACAGCCCCCUGGAGCCUUCAUCGCCUGGGGGCGCCCACACAGGGCUCCCACCAGACCCUCCCGCGUCCCGGCCCCCAGCCAGGGGCUUGGAUGUGCUCCAGGAGCUGCUCCGCUAUGCCUCGGACACGGCAUACGGGAAGAAAGUCCUGACGUGGGACGGGGCGCUGUCGGCCGUGAGCCAGGACGCCGUUCGGGACAGCAGGCUGGCCUGCGCCGCCACGGUCACGGACGACUGGGACGCCGAGUUUGAUCGAGGGCAGGAGAAGAAAACGAGGAAACUCAAGAGGGAGAAGAGAAGAAACUUCAACGCCUUCCAGAAGCUUCAGAGUAGACGGAACUUCUGGUCUGUGACUCACCCCGCCAAGGCCGCCAGCCUGAGCUACCGCCGCUGACUCGGCCGCUGCCGAGGGUGGGUGAGGCUCCAGGGCCGCGUGCGGGCGGCCGGGCCGGCGCUGCUGGAGGCGGAGGUCAAGGAGCGUGGACGGCACCUCUCCGCCCGGGGCCUCGGCCGCGGGCACUCGGGGCCCCUAGCUCGCGUGAGACGGGCCUGCCCACGCGUUCCGGGGCGGCACGCAGAAGCAGGCCGGGCUGGCGUGGGGGGCGGGCCCUGCCGCUGUACGCGCCCUGCGCCAGCACAGGCUCGGGGGCGGGGUGCAGACCCCCGUGGGGUCCUUCCUGCUCUCCCGGGAGAGGCCCGCCAGGCCCGAGGACCAGUCCACAGGCUCCCCUCGGGCCGUGGAGCAGAGGCAGGGGACAGGGCGGGGCGACUCCUGUGGACUGUGUCCCCGGAUGACGGACGUGCAGAGACGCCUCCAGCACGCAGCGUGCGCGCUUGCUGCCUCCCGCCCCCGCCCCCGCGCCCGCCCCGCGCCCUCUCCCGAGGGGCCCUGCCUGUCGGGUGUGUUUACCGGACACCUUCCCUCCGCGGGCCGGGCUCGGGAACGGGAAUCACGACCGCCCCGGGCCUCCCUGAGCCGCGGGAGGAGCGGGGCCUCGUGAGGUGCAAUAAACGCUGCAGUACAGGGCCCCUCGGCUCUGCUCCUCAGGACUUCACUGUGGGGCUGUUCUCGGUGGGGGGCGGGGGGGCAGGUGCUGCGGCCCAGCCCGGGCAUGUGGUCUGCCACUGGCCCUCGGCCCUGGCCCCUCGGGUGGCGGAACGCGCUGAAUGACGAGAGUGUGGCGCUUUGCGGUGACCGCCCCGAGGUGGCGGUUUCUGCAGGCGGCAGGACGGCUUCCUCAGGGUGAGCCGCCCCGUCACGUGCACGGCCACGGGGGGCGGCCGCAGGGCUGUGGUCGGCUCAGGGCCCCUGUGGACAGUGAGCGCGUGCUCCCGGCCCCACUGUGUGCCCCUGGUGACCCCACAGCCCCCCAAACCUCUGUGGCCUGAGGCCUUGGGGGGAGACCGAGGGACCCUUCGGCGUGAGGGGGGGCUCUGCGUGGGCGGGCUGGGGUGUCUGCCAGGCGCCCCUGCCGGGCCUGCAGGGCGCACGGGUUUGGGUUUGAGAACUUGAAAGGCUGGUGGGGCCCGUCUCAGGAAGGCGUGUGGCUGCGGGCGGGCCCCGCGAGGGCCCCUCGGGGCUCUGGGCGCCGGGGUGACAGUUAAAGCUCAGACGGAAGUGGGGUGACAGCCCGGGAGUGAGCAGAAGGGCUGGCGCAGCCGGAAGGGGAGACAGCAGCUUCUGAAGUGGGGGCGUCCCCCCCUCCGCGCCCCGUUCAGGAAGGUUCCUGCAGGCGGCGGCCCGCGCCCCGCUCUCGAUCCAGUGUCCAGCUGCCACGAAAGGACCUUCCCAGGUGCCCCCAGGGGGCGGCCCCAACCCCGGCGGGGAUCGGCGAGGCCUGUGGGCACUGGGCACACACCUGGUCCCCGGCUGUCCCGUGGCCACUGCCCAGAGGGAGGACCGGACAGCCCAGUCCCCGCCCAGGCAGUGUUUGGGGAAUGACGACUGGGGUCUCCGGCCCUGUGCAGGGCGCACCCCCAUAGCUCCCCGUGCUAAUGGGGGCUUGUCAGGGGGCUUGUGGGUCUUCCCUUGCCAUACCGACCCCGGCCGAACCUGCCGUGCUCUCCCGGUGUCCAGCCUGCCCAGCGGCUCCUGCAGGCGGUGGCCGCGGAGUCCAGUCAGCAUCCGGCCAAGGCCGAGCCUGGCAGGGCCCCAGCGCGGGCCGCUCUUCUAGGGGAGCUGCAGUGCGUGGCACGCGGCCAGUGGGCGCCGGGCGCCCGGGAACAGUUGGCGACAGCUGGAUACAAUCAAGUUCCAUCACAAACAGACCCGAAGCGCCGUUCACACGGCGAGAAACUGCAAGCUUUAGCAAAAUAAAAUCUGGGCCUUUCAAAGCAGACAGCGCAUCAUC